AAGGCCGAAUUCUUUCCAAUUUGGUACAAUAUCACCCAGGAAGCGAUAUAUGCCCGCGGAAUAUCGUCGUUAUUAUUAUUUCCAGCCUGCGUUCACCUUCGACUUUGAGCUGGCCUUACUGCAAUUCUACGUAAAGCACACUAAACUAAUAUGAAAGAUUUUAUUUGUAGGAGAGAGAGCACUUGUCAGACCUGAAAUUCUCGGUAGAAUAACAAACAGAAGUCCUCGAAGCACACCAGUUUGGCCAAAGAAUUCGACCGUCACCACCCCUUUGUUGGUGCGCAAACACGAAAGGGGACUCGAAUCCUCCCACUAUGCUGUGUGGUAUCUAUUUAGUCGGUCGGUUUCCUCGCAUCUUAUAGAUACACAUGCAUCCUCCCUGAAUAUAUCGAAAGAUACGCGAUUAUAUAGAUCAUGGAGAGUGCUUUCGAUCACGAGAUCUGUAAAGAUCUACAUUCUUGCUUUGAAGACAUUCGCUAUAUCCAACGGCAUAUGCAUAAAAACAGAGGAACGCCAAACGAAUUCAAACUGGCCAGUGAGCUCCACGAAACCAAAGUCAAACUCCAUCGCGUUCUGGAGGAGAUAUACGCCAUGAAUGCAUUUACGAGGAAACCAGGCGAAUAUUUGCCAGGAAAAUUGGUCAAUAUGGAGAUCCAGCGGAAAAUCUGGCAGAAAAUGGAUGAUAUGAAGCCUCCACUCGAUAUUCUGCGAGAUCCGAAUGCUACCCGCGAAGAGAAGGACGCUAGCCUCGUCAAAGCUAAGAAAGUUUGUGACGAGAUGUGUGAAAUUUGGUUUCAACCACUGCAAGAGCCCGCAAUUUUUGAACCUGACCCAAAUUCACUGAUAACGCACUGUGGAUUUCAAGCCUGCCGGCCUGCAUCACAAAUACCAACGCUUAGAGUCCUCAGAAGAGCGGAAACGAGUUGGGAUUGUUAGGAGCGAUUGAUAUGGAUAAUUUGUGACCAUCAUGACAGUCAUAUUAGUCCACAGAUCUUGUGGAUAGCGACCUGGCUAGAUGCAAACUGGACAUUGAAGAUUUUUUAAUAUGCUAUGGAACAUUACACGCGGACGCCACGAACUUGACAUUCCUUAAAUUUUGGCACACCUCAAUGAGAAUCAAUUUUGUUAUUUUACAAGGCGUUCCCUCUUAGAAUAGAGAAAGAAACAGCAUCUUGAUGCUUCAAACUACCUAAUGUCGGUAUGUAAUCCUAGCCAGCCAGUUUCACAGAUAGCGUUUCACAAAUGACCAAUUGUCUCAAUUUCUUUUCGC